CGACGCCUCCCUUCGGUUUUUUUUUUUUUUUCUCCCUUCAAACGCUCGAUUCUCAGCUGCGUCGUUUGCUGUGGUUGGAAUUUCGGCGUCCACUCUCUUUCAAUAUCACACUCUUUCUCACAGUCCUUCUUUGCUUUUUCUUUUCUUCAUCUUUCGACAACUGUGACGGAUUCCAUUCUUUUCGACCCCCUGUGUUGACCGCAUUCAUUUCUCGAGUAGUUUCAGAUACGUACUCUGAUUCUCUCUCGUCGAGGUCUUGCAUCUGCCUGUUGCGCCCUCUAUUCGAUUCAAAUUUCCCCCGAUACCCUCGACCGAUCAACGCUCAGCAAAGGAAUACGUAACAGCUGGACGGGGUGUUUUCGACCUAUCUACCGAUUAUCAUUUUUGCGCGCCGGACUGGGCUAUUUCUUGUGUGUUGGCUGCUUCGUAGCAGAAGCACUGCUUUGGUUUAUCGAUCGAAAAGGGAAGGCACGCUGUCGCCUCGCUCAACGAACGCCGCGGAUUCGAAAAAUCGACUACGCCUAGAACACGCGCUUAGUAUACCCGUGUUAACGUUUGGUGGUGUGUCUCGCCUUCGUUUGAAGAAACCCACCGACGGAUUUCUUCUAUCUCAGCCUUCAGGCCACUUCGGUCGACAAGGCCUGGCUUGCUUGAGAUUCGCAGUCGCAUCACGCAUCUGGCGACUUGUCAAUAUCCAAACAACCAUCUGUACAACUAUCCCGGGCCAAACCUCUUCACGAACUGCUCAACCAUGAAGUUCUCUACUCUCUUUGUUGCGGGCAACCUCGCCUUGAUCACAAACGCAUUCUGGCGCAUGGAGUGCCGAGCCAGGUCUGGUUUGGCCCGUAUCGACCCUCUUAUCUCACCAGGCGAAGUUGCACAGCAUCUUCACUCGAUUCAUGGCGGUGGAGGCUUUGGUGACAAUGCCACUUACGACGAUCUCAUGGCCUCGGACUGCACUUCUUGCGCCGUUACUCAGGACAAGUCUGCUUACUGGCAUCCGUCCCUGUUUUUUCAGGAUGCCACGACCGGACAGUUUGAAAUUGUCCAGCAGGAAGGUGGCAUGCUUGCUUAUUACCUCCUUUUUCCCAACCCAGGAGAGAAGCUCAUCGCUUUUCCCAAGGGUUUCCGUAUGAUUGCCGGCGACAGCCUGCGCCGCAACUACUCGGAGGCUCUUGGUGAUGUGAGCAAGCCUGAUCCUGAAAAGUCGAUCUGGGCCAAGUUGGGACAGACCUCUCAGCCCGAUCUUCAGCAGCGUGCAAUAGGAUUCAACUGUCUUAAUUAUGCGAAGGCCCCCGAAGGCUCACUCUCCCGCCAUUUUCUUCCGGACAAGGCCUACCUUGACGCGAACUGCGCUGAUGGCGUGCGCUUCGAGCAGAUGUUCCCAUCGUGCUGGAACGGCGUAGAUGUAGACUCUCCUGAUCACCGCUCCCACGUUGCCUACCCGGAUUUGGUCAUGACUGGCAACUGUCCCAAGUCUCAUCCUAAACGCCUCAUCAGUCUCUUCUAUGAGAUUAUAUGGAACACCGCUGCCUUCAAGGGGCGCAAUGGCAGAUUCGUCAUCUCCAAUGGCGAUAUUCAGGGUUUUGGCUACCACGCUGAUUUUAUGACUGGUUGGGACGUGGACUUCCUGCAGAACGCUGCCGAUACCUGCACAAACCCCUCCGGCAGAAUCCAGGAUUGUCCGCUGUUCAACAUUCAGGACGACGCAAAAGCCGGGCAAUGCAAGAUCAAGCUUCCAGACAUGAUGGCCAACGAGAAUGUCACCGGACCUGGUCUGCCCGCUCUGCCUGGAAACGUUCCCAUCCAGGUUGGCCCGCAGCCUGCUACUGACCCGAACCCGCCACCUGCCAUUUCAGUCCCCUCGUUGCCAGUGAUGAGCUACCAACCGGGUGCGACGCCCACUGGUGAUCAGUAUCUCCCUGGCCAGGUCUUUAAGCAGUCCGAGGGCGUAGGCGCUGCUGCUGUCCAAACACCAUACCCUGACCCUGGUGACGACGGUGCUGGAUCCGUCAAGGCCGAGUCGGAGCCCGCCCCGGCUGCUGCUGCUCCGCCGCCGCCUCCUCCUCCGCCGCCUCCCCCUCCUUCCCCUCCGGCUCCUCCUCCUCCACCUCCUCCGCCUGUCAUUACUCCCCCGCCUCCCCCACCUACGCCCGUUACUCGUGAGGAGAGUAAUGACGGCGUGAGGACAGAGUACAUCACUAUGGGAAAUCUCGUUCAGAAGAUCAUCUGGGUUGAGGACAUCAAAUAUGUCACCCAGUUUGUGGAUGAGACUGUUGUAGCCACAGCAGGGGGUCCGGCUCCUCCUCCGUUAGUCCGCCGACAAUUGCGUCACCUUCAGAAGCACGCUCGCGCUCAGUGAUUGCUGCAUGUCUGAAGUUGUCCCAUAUGAUGACAGCAGGGCCGGCUCUCGUUGUCUUCCUGUCGGCAGCAAGAGGGAUUUUUUAUGUUUUUGUUUUCUUGUUCCAUUUCAAUGAUCAGUUCAGUAAAUUUCGAGAACUUCUUUUUGUCAACAUUUUCUCUUAUCGAAUGCUACUUUUUGUUUUCAACCGUUUUCCCCUCCAAUUGUCUACUCUAUUGGACAGGUUUCGAGUGGUAUCAUGAUUCGACUUACUCGUGAGGGUUUUGACAAGUACCCAAAUACAGAACUCGGUUGGGAGGAGUAAGAUAUCUGUAUAAUUUCGACAGCAAAAAAGCUGUCCGAAAUUUGCAAUUUUAUAUGACUGCAACCCACAAGAGGAGAACUUAUAUUAAGAAGGGUUUAAAGUGAUGGCAAGGUUGAAGUGCCAUUUGCCGGCGCGAAGUGAAGGGGUGCUUUCUCUCUUAUUUACUCAAAUUGCAUCACAUUCAUGACUGA